AAAUACCCUUGAAACCAAACAGAGAAGUCGAAGAAGAAUAUUCAACAGAUUAAGAACAGUAUUUAUUGUGUAUUGUGAACUCGUAAGAUAAAUUUAUUGGAAGACUUUCAUUAAAUUGAUACAAGAAAUGGUAAACCUGUUAAAAGGUGUAUUAGUUGAAUGUGACCCGGCUAUGAAACAAUUUCUACUACAUUUAGAUGAGACGCUAGCACUUGGCCGCAAAUUCAUUUUCCACGACCUUGACGACACACAUUUGUUCAUUUCACCCGAUAUUGUGGAGGUACUUCAAGCGAAAUUCGAUGAUAUGAUGGAUCAGAUCAGUUUUCCACUGCACGAGAAGACCAACUAAUAAUUUCAAUUAAACCAAAACCAAAUCAAAACAAAAAACCCCGAAAAAAAAACGUCGAUCGAAUUUCCCGUACAGUUUUGUUAACGUCCAUUUAAAAUGAACCGUGAAUCCGGACGCAUCAAAGAUGCCGAUAAGAAGCGUGUUCUUGACGAUGCAUCGCGAAAGCGUCGAGCACGCAAAGCACUCGAAGCUCUCGAACAGGACAAUUUCCAUGACGACCCGCAUGCCGAUUUAGUGAUGUCCAAGAAAGUGCCAAAAUUUCAAGACAAUUUGGAUCAAUCGAAAAACCGUAAAAUCAAACGAAGAACGGCCGAUUACAUGAAGGCAAAGUAUCGUAAAAAUUUCAUGCAACUUUUGGAAGAGGACAAACAAAUCCAAGCCGACGAUCCGAAUUACUGUACCGCUCAAGUUGGACCGUCCAGUAAGCCAGAUCGACAUUUUUGCGCCGUAUGCGGAUUUCCAUCCACUUAUACGUGCACUUCAUGCGGUACUCGGUACUGUAGCGUAAGGUGCUUAGGUACACAUCAAGAUACACGUUGUCUUAAAUGGACUGCAUAAA